UCGGUGCUAUAACAAAUCCGUGAGGCACCAAACUGAACCAGACACAGCUCGGCUUUGAGCUCCGACGGCUGUGUCGCGCUUGCAAUAUCUGUUCCCCAACCAGAAAGCGGAACCAGAAAACUAACUUUAGUUGUAUUUCAAUUUUUCAAUCAAUUUAUUCAUUCCUUUGGCCAAGAACUCAAAUAAAAUGCGUCGCGCAGACGCUGUUGCUGUCACGGCUUGUGCGAUUUUGGCCCUGCUGCAGAUGAUGGAACCGGUAAAGGCCGAGGGUAAAUACACAAUUGUGGGUCCCGGAACUAUCCACUCGGCCCGCGACUACAAUGUGGCCGUGGCUGUUCACCAGACCAAGGAGCCAGUUACCCUGAAGGUGGGCAUCACUGGUCCAUCCUACAACGUAACGCAGACCGUGGAGCUGGUCAAUUCGGAACAGUUCAAGCAGAUCACCUUCAAGCUUCCUCCGCUGGAGUCGGGCGACUACAAUCUCACGGCCGAGGGUGUGAAGGGGCUAGAGUUCAAUAACUCCACCAAGUUGAUCUGCCAGAUAUUUAAGCCCUAUAUCAAAAUCCAGACCGACAAGGGCAAGUACAAGCCGGGCGAUACGAUCAACUACCGUAUGAUCUUCCUCGACGAGAACCUGCUGCCCGACAAAGCCGACGACAAGGUGGUUGUGUGGUUCGAGGACUCCAGGAGGAAUCGCGUCAAGCAGGAGAAGCACAUCAAGCUCACCGGUGGCGUCUACACGGGAAAGUUCGACCUCUCGGAGUUUGCUAACUUGGGUAGAUGGUCGCUUCAAGUUCAGAACGGCCAUGAAUCGAACGAACAUGUUAACUUUGAUGUGGAAAAGUACGUACUGCCCAAGUACUCGAUGAAAGUGCAGGCCACUGAACGCGUUUCAGUGCGGGAUGGCGAAUUGAACGUUGACGUUAAGGCCAACUACACUUACGGCAAGCCUGUUAAUGGCAAGGUCGUGGUAAAUGUGAAUACGGCCGGUCACUCGGUGAUCGGCACCGCCAACAUGGAAGGUGGCAAGGCCAAGCUUACCCUGGAUCUCAAGAGUUUCGCCAGUUUUUUACCGUCCAAUACCUCUACCUUGCAUGCCAAAGUUCUGGUCACCGUCGAAGAGGAUUUCACCGGCGUUAAGCUCAAAGAAACGACCGGUGUUCAACUGUAUACUAAUCGCUACAAAAUGUACUGCAUCCUUCCUUGUUUUUCAUUUAAACCCGAUAAGGAACAGGAUAUUGCCUUUAAAAUCUCUCUAGUCGAUGAUACUUUGGUCACGGACACAAAGUCGGUUGUAAAGGUCAAGUUCACUGAACUUAAACGCGAUUACGUCUUUAAAGAUCAUGGAGAGAUUGAGAUUGGUCCCGAAGUUGAGAAUAAAACAUUCGUUUUCGAAAGCCAUUUAAAUGAGUCGAGUAUUGCGAACUUUAAGGUGACUUUGCCCGAUCUUCCGGAAAUUGCGAACAUUCCCCGCUACUACAAAAUCGAAUUGGCAUUUUUAGACGAAAAAGAUCUCAGUCAAAUUCUAAGACCCUACAGGGAACCAAAGGAGAUCAAUCAUCCCAACACCGAGGAGGAAAAGGAGUGGUUCAAGGCUGAUGUUAACAGACCCAAGGACACCUGGAACCUCAAGAUCGGCCAGGAAUAUCAGGUGACACUCAACUCCAGUCGUCCUUUGAAGUACUUUGUGUACAACAUCGUAGGACGUGGAAAUAUUCUGGAGACGAAACGUGUCGAUUUGCCCGAACCACAAAAAACCGUUAACGUUACCCUGAAGCCCACUUUCCAGCAUUCUCCCAAUGGACGGAUGUACUUCUAUUAUGUCGAUGAGACCGGAGAAUUCCGAUUUAUCGAGGUUUACUUCAGCGUGAAAGUUGAGCUGCAGAACAAGAUCGAAAUCCAGGCCCCCAAGCAGGUGAAACCGGGUGCAGAAGUUGAGCUCGAGAUCAAGACGGAGCCCAAGUCCUUUGUUGGCCUGCUGGCCGUCGAUCAGAGUGUCCUUCUGCUGGGCAACAACAAUGAUAUGACUAAGCAGGACUUCAAUUGGCUCCUCAGCCGCUACGACACAACCACUCCAAGGCAAGGAGGAUACUCCUAUUAUCCCGGAGAACGAAGUGGCGUGGUAACGAUGACCAAUGCCUACUUCUUCUACAAUCGCACCGCUCCCGUUCGCCCUUUACCCUUCCCAAAAGAUAAAUCAAUAAUCAAUAAUCAAUCAAUAAUCAAAACCAAUCAAUCAAAAUUCAACAAAUUAACUUUGGCUGUAGGUCGAUCAGCCAAUCCUGUUGUGCGAAAGAACUUCGCGGAGACUUGGUUUUUCGCCGACAUUGAGAGCACUGAAAAGGAGGUUUUCAAGUGGGUGAAGACCAUUCCCGACACGAUCACCAACUGGGUGGUCACCGGCUUCUCGCUGAGUCCUACCAAGGGAUUGGGUGUCACCGAUGACAAGGUGAACAUCAAGACGUUCCAGCCGUUCUUCGUCUCCGUUCGACUGCCCUACUCCGUUAAACGUGGCGAGGUGAUCAAUGUGCCAGCACUGGUCUUCAACUAUUUGAACAAGCGACUGGACGUGGAGUUGACCCUGGACAACGAGGAUGCCGAGUACGACUUCGUGGAUGCCUCCAACGAGGUGAUUGGCGAUCAGAAGCGCACCCAGUCAAUCCGAGUGGGUGCCAAUGAAGCCGCAGGCGCCUCCUUCCUGAUUCGCCCGAAGGUGAUUGGCAACAUUCUACUCAAGUUCACUGCCAUUUCUCCUCUGGCUGGCGACGCCGUUCACAAAUCUCUGAAGGUGAUCCCCGAAGGUACCACCAAGUACCAAAACAGGGCGUUCUUCAUCAAUCUCAAGGAAAAGAAGGAGUUCAAGUCCAACUUUGAGUUGGAAGUACCCGAGAAUGUGGUGCCCGAUUCGGAGCGAGUCGAAUUCGGUGUGGUGGGUGAUCUCCUGGGACCAGUGAUCAAGAACCUGGAGAACCUGCUGCGAUUGCCCAGCGGCUGCGGUGAGCAGACCAUGUCCAAGCUGGUGCCCAACUACCUGGUCAGGGACUACCUGCAGAGCAUCAAAAAACUUACCCCCGCGUUGGACACUCGCAUCAAGAGGAAUCUGCAGGAGGGCUAUCAGAAUACGUUGCGCUUUCGCCGCGACGAUGGCAGCUUUAGCUCCUUUGGACACUACAAGAUUUGGUCCGAGGAUCCGGUGCGCGGUUCCACCUGGCUAACGGCCUACGCUCUGCGUUCCUUCAGCAAGAUUAAGGAUAUCGUUGACCUCGAUGAACAGCUCUUGGCCAAGGGCUAUGAGUUCCUGCUUAGUCGUCAGACUGAAAAUGGCAGCUUCAUCGAAUCCGGAGAGUACUUCUACAGCUCCCAGAAAAGUCUUCUGACCCUCACAGCAAAUGCCUUGCUGGCUCUGCUGGAGGAGGAGAAGCCCAACCAGGCAGCCAUUGACAAGGCCGUGGCCUAUCUGAGUUCCAACACGGCGGAGUCCGAGGAGCUGCUGCCCAAGUCCAUUGCCAUUUAUGCUCUGCAAAAGGCGAAGGCACCUAGUGCCGGGAAACUUGUGGCCCAACUGAAGUCGCUGGCCAAACAGGAGGAUGAUCGCACUUGGUGGACAGAGGAUUCGGAUAAGAUUCGCUCUAUUGGAUACACAAAACGUUGGUGGUCGCGGAUCUGGAGCAACGAUGUAGAGAGCACCUCGUAUGCCCUGCUCUCCAUCCUGGAAUCCGAUCAGGAAUCAGCAGACUCUGUGGUAAACACUGUUCGUUGGCUGGUGGCCCAGCGCAAUAGCUACGGAGGUUUCGGUUCCAGCCAGGAUACAGUUGUGGGUCUAUCGGCCCUCAUUAAAUUCGCCCAGAAAUCUGGCUACAAGGCGGCCAAAUGUGAGGUGACUGUCUCGAACAAGGGCAAGCGUGAAAAGACCGAAAAGCUAAGCACAUCGGAGGAGAACGACCUUCUGCUCCAGACGAUCGAAUUCCCACAGGGCACCAAGUCCCUCGAGUUCGAGGCCAAGGGCACCGGAUCCGCUCUCGUCCAGAUAAGCUAUCAGUACAACGUGGUGGAGAAGGAGCCGAAGCAAAGUUUCAAGAUCGAAACCAUCGUCUUGCCAGAAGUAGCGCCAGCCAAGCUCGAACUCAGCGUUUGUGUGGACUUCAUCGAGGAGGGCAAGGCCAAGGAAUCCAACAUGGCCAUCCUGGAGGUGUCCCUGCCUUCCGGUUACACGUCCGAUGAGGAUAGCUUCAAGGCCAUUAAGGAGAUCGAGCGCGUUCGGUUGGUGGAGGCCAAGAACGGAGAUUCCGUGGUGGUUGUCUACUUUGAGAACCUGGCCAAGAACGACAAGAAGUGCAUCCCUAUCGAGGCCUUCCGGACACAUUCGGUGGUCAACCAGAAGCCAUCUUCCGUGGUCCUCUACGAUUACUAUGACACGAACAAGAGGGCCACGGAGUUCUACUCCAUCGACUCCAAGCUGUGCAACAUUUGCGAAGGUGCCGACUGCAAGAGCAAUUGUUGAUGACAUCGAAACCAAAACGAGGAAACAAUACAUUUUUCCUUAUAUCAAAUAAAAUAUUGUGAAUAUUGUGAUUGUAAAGUAA